AUGGGAACCAUUCUGGGACAGUGUUUGCCGAUGGAAAAACUAUGGAAUGAUGCGCUCCCAGGAUCAUGCUACCCGGGGCGAAAAAUGAAUCAGAACUACUCAUUUUUUCAGGCUAGUUUCAAUGUCCUCUCCGACGCGGUAUUGGCUUCGUACCCGGUCCAUCUUUUCUGGAAGCUUCAAAUGAAACUACGAAUCAAGAUUGCUCUGUCUAUCCUGAUGGGCCUUGGCUGGGUGAGCUGCGACGAUGUUACCUAUGCACAAUCCUCCCUCCUUGUCUGGGCUUCCACUGAGGCUUGGAUUAUCAUAAUUGUGGGCCGCGUUCCGCCCAUUCGCCUCUUGAUGGAACGCAUUCUCCAACACCUCGGUCUCACCAGGAAGAAGACGUCAACUCCUUACUACGACCAGAACCAUCAAGCCUACGGUACAUAUGGAACCAAUAGAUCGCACGUUGCAGCCUACUCAAACCAUCAAUCAAUCGCAUAUAAAAACCGGCAGAUAAUCGGCGAUACAAAUAUUAUGAUCACUACAGAGUUUGGGACGCAAUUUGAGGAGCACAAUGCUCACUAUACUGGCUCAUCAGCUACCAGCCAGAUUUCGGGUGAGGGUGGGAUUGGAGGCUCUCACACUGAUAUACAAAAGGUGGUUUGA